AUGGCUCAAUCCGUUCCACCCGGCGACAUCCAGACUCAACCAAAUGCCAAGAUCGUCUUCAACGCCCCGUACGACGAUAAGCACACCUAUCACAUCAAGGUUAUCAACUCAUCGGCUCGUCGUAUUGGUUACGGUAUCAAGACCACCAACAUGAAGCGUCUCGGUGUUGAUCCACCAUGUGGAGUUUUGGACCCAAAGAAGGCUGUGUUGUUGGCCGUGUCGUGCGAUGCUUUUGCCUAUGGACAGGAGGUGAGACACCAACAACGAUCGCAUCACUGUCGAAUAGACCAACACACCAGACGGUGCCGCCAAGCAGUUCCGCCGCGAGUGGUUCCAGGGAGACGGUAUGGUUCGUCGCAAGAACCUUCCCAUCGAGUACAAUCCAUAAGUGGAUUGGCCCAUCAAUGCAAAUAG